AUGUUCUUCGAGCGAACCCUUCAAAGCCAGAUAAUACAAGAUGAGUUGUCGCCACCCAAACAAAACACAUCGUAUUCACAAAACCGGGGACUUCCUCGGGUGAUCUUGGACAAAGGGAAACAUUACUUGAAGCUGUUCCUGGAGACGUCAUCCAUACAUGGACUGAACCAUCUGGUUGCAGAUAGGAGACACUGUUUUGAAAUCAUUCUUUGGUUCACCAUCAUACUACUAUCAGGGUUUGGCUCCCUGUACCUCUCUCAGAUGACCUGGAGCCGAUACCAGUCGUCGCCCACUGUUGUCUCCAUGGACCGGGACAUGUUCGCUUGGAACACCACCUUUCCUUGCGUCACCGUCUGUCCCAAUAACUAUAUUGAUUCUAGGAAACUUGAAAUCUUCCUACGAAACGCUAAAGAAGAAAAUAAGACUCGAUUGGAAAAUUUCAUCAUUAGCCUCGCAAAUGCUUCUUACAAAAAUUUCGAGAGUAUUCCUAUCUACCCAGACAUCAGUCCAGACAAAUAUAUUCAGUUGUUGGUGAACUUGUCGGUUCCUUUCAAGCCGUCCUUGACUAUUGGAGUAUCUAAUGUGGCAUUAUCUAUAGUUCCAACUAUUACUGAAAUGGGGUUAUGCUAUGCUGUAAAUUCUAGAAUGGCCGUAUACAACUCUCCAGAAUAUAGAGAUGCCAAUCGAUGGGACAUUAUAAACGAUGAUACGAAAAGUCUGUUCAUCCACCCGUUAGAUGGCGAAGUAUUUGCUCAAGUUAUGAAUAUUUCUACUUCAUACGAUGUUUACAUCCAUGGUCCUCAAGAAGUUCCGGAUAUAUCGACAAAGUUUCAGCAUUCAGCUCAAGGGUACUACAUGAAGUUGUACGUGACUGCGCUCACUGUCUACACCUCACCGGAAGCAGCUAAGUUAAGCAUCAACCAGCGUCGGUGUCGGUUUCCUCAUGAGAACAAUCUGAAGCACAACUCGAUCUACACGUACACGAUGUGUCGCAUGGAGUGUCGCAUCCGUCUCUGCUUGAAGUACUGUCACUGUAUUCCCCACUUCUACAGGAGGAUUGACGAGUUGUACAAGCUACAAGAUUCGAGCGGAAAGAAAGUAAUGUGUGGAUGUUAUCCACUGUGUGAUGACGUCAAUUAUGUAUUGCAAUCAAAUGCACUUCAAGAGUGGUUCCUGGGUACAAAUCUUCAAUGGGGUAUGGUGACGUAUCCUCGGAUGAGAUACAGGAGGGACAUCAUCUUCGGCUUCACCGAUGUACUGGUUGCUGUUGGCGGCAUGGCUGGUCUGUUCUUGGGCUGCAGUGUGCUGAGCUUCAUGGAAAUAGUCUACUUCCUUACACUGCGUCUCUUCUGCUACGCUCAGACGUCAAAAUAA